AUGAAAUUUUCAGGAGCUCUUCUUGGCCUCGCUUCGGCGGCUCUCGGCCCUGCUUCGAUCGAAUUCCAGGUCGCCAACGUCUCCAAUGCCGGCUUCACUGGCCAGCUCAAGGUCUACAUCGGCCGCAGCUGCAAUACCAACGUCACUUCUGGCCGCAUCUGCGACUACAAGUACCAGGGCCAGGUCUCCUACAGCUCCAACAACCAGGGCUACCGAUUCUACCUGCCCGACCAGGUCGAUCCCGACAACGACAUGGUCUUCAUGACUUACAGAAGCUCCAACGAAGCGAUCUUCUCCGCCAUCAGAAUGGACGUGAACCUUUCUACUGGCACUAGAAUCAUCGAUUUGAUGAACUUCGAUGGUGGCAAAGAUAACUACUUCGUCUUUGACUACGAUUCCCGAGCCAAGCCCUGCAACUCCAGCUACCCCCGAGGCUACCAGUGCUUCAUGGACGCCACCUUUGAUCUCUACACCAAGAAGUUCAAGCCCCACUACUCCCUCCUCCGAGGACGAGUCAUCAAGCGAUCUUCUCCUCCUCAGCUUCCCAGCAUCAAGGCCAGCUCUCAGUUGAAGCUUACGACUGGAGGUUCCCUCUACGACGGCUCCGACGAUCCAAUCAUGAUCUACUACGGCAGCAACUGCAACAUCAACAACUGCGUCUACACCAAGGUCGGGCAGUUGACCCCGCCCAACCGAGACACCACUUACUCGAUCUGGUUGCCCGAGUUCGACUACACCAAGGACCAGCUCAUCAUCGACUACCGCAGCGGCGACGACCUGUACAUCAAGGGCUUGACCUUCGACGCGUGCACCUCGACCAGCUGCCGCAACUACAACCUCUUGGCGUUCGGCUCCUCUGUCACCCAGCGAAUCGCCAUGGACUACGAAGGCCCCAACCAUCCCUGCAGCAACUUCUCCUACGGCGACUACAUUUGCCAGUACGACAUGGUCUUUGACUUCAAACUCAUGAAGAAGUUUGCCGAUUCUUCCACCAUCAUGGGUCACUAA